CUUUCUACACCUAAAACGAGAUAGGGAAUGCAAUUUAGAUAUAAAGAAAGAGAGACAGAAGGAAAAAUAAACAAGUACGAAAAGUUCAAUCACAGAGAGGGGAGGGAUAUUUUCUGCGUCCAGUCGAGAGAUUGGAAAUUUGAUCACAAUAAUGAAAUGUAUUGAUUCUGCGUCACUACGAUAUUAAUAUUAAUUUUCUGAAAUACCAAUAUUAAUAUAAACGUUGAAAUAAACAUGCAAAAUUUGAUGCGUGUAAAGGGUGUAGGUGUAGGUAUAGCGGGAGUGUAGAAUGAGGCCGGCUACAACCGCCCGACAAUUUGCGGCAUUAUCAUGGACGAUGAGUGUAACACGACGAUCAAGGAUACGUUCCAGGAGCCACGAAAAAGAUUCUGGCUGAGAUCGAGGAAACGGCUGAAGAGCGACGCGAUAAGCGUCAGCUCGAUGGACAUCUCCAUGGAGUCCGACACAGGCAAGAAGAAGAAGCGUCGCAGAAUCACGGAGGUUGCCAGCAGCAUAUUUUCCUCCUCGGUCACGACGGCGAGUAAAUCGGGAGGCACCCUGCACAGAUCCUUCACGAUCCAGCCGAACUCGUCGGAUCUGUCCAUCGUCGAGGACGAGGCAGACACGAGGACGUUACGUAAAAAAUUGAACAAAGCUAACGAAAGUUGCAACAAUUUGGCAAUCAGGAGUUGGAUGUCGGACAUCGCGCAGCCACGCGGUGAGGAACGAUUGAACAGUGUGUUGAGUCGGAGCGAGAUCAAGCGGCAAGAGGCCAUUUACGAGUUGUACUGCGGUGAAAAUGUGCUACUUAACGAGCUCUGUACGCUGAGAAACUUCUACUACGAGCCGAUGUCAACCUCUGAAAUCUUCACGUCCGAGGAACUGUCCACACUCUUUGGCGAUCUUGUAAAUCUCAUUGACAUACACAGUAACUUGAGGGACGAAUUGUUCAAAUUGCGGGAUAGAUACGGAUUCACAAAGACCGUGGCACCAACGCUAUUAAAUUGGCUGUCAACAUUAAAGAAACCGUAUUUGGAGAGGUGCAGAACAUUGGUUUGGGCGAGGCAUUUGCUGGAGGAGAAGAGAUUCACCAAUAAGAGAUUCCAGUCGUUUCUAAAGAAGCGCUUGGAGUCACCGCAUUCCGUCGACCUGUGGACUUACUUGGACGUGCCACGUUCGAGGAUCGUGAAGUAUCCGCUACUAGUGAAGGAGAUCUUAAAAUACACACCUGCUGCCGACGCAGAUCACUUACCGUUAAAAGAGGCGAGUAACGUGUUAUCCGAUCUGCUGAAGGACAUCGAUCGUAUUAUGGGCGAGGCCGAGUGCAAGCUCGCUCAAUCGAAGAUAAACGCGAAAAUCGAGCACGAUCCUGAAAAGUGCAUCGUCAACGCCACAGAGUUGAUUACGGAGGGUCAGCUUAAGGAUACGCGUGGAAUCAAAUAUCACUGUUUUCUUUUCGACACUUGCUUCGUGGUGACCCGCCCUACGCGGCGCGUUAACAAAAAGUACAAUCUGCCCUUCCCCGUCAUACCCAAGGAGCGGAUAUACGUGCAAGUGGAAGAUAAAAAUGUCGCGGAAAUCUGCUUCAAGAUCGGGGAAUUUUCUUUCAUAAUGGAAGACGGGCACAAGAAAAGACAUUGGGUCGACUCGUUCAACAAGGUACACUCUAGAGUAUGCAUUCCGGAUAAAGUGUUCAACACUGACGACAAGGAGAACUUGUUGGACAACACAGAGCUAACCGAGUCGAAUGAUUGCGUCACGAGAACGUCGAUAUCCAGGAGAACUUCCACAAGCAGUAUAAAUGACACUCUAUUCUCCUUUUCCAUAAGGAAGAGUCUACUCAAGCAAAAACGCAACAGUAUCGGCUACAUAUAAUGAAAGCUCAUUCACGGACUCUUAUCUUUUCAAUAAGAAGAGUUCUUGUUGAUUUUAUUAUACGAAAAUUAUGAGAUAUGAUUAAUACAAAAAUGCCAAGUUAAUAUAAUGAAAAUUAUUUUUAUCUACGUUGCAAUCUUUUUCCACGAGCUUUGUUUUUUAUACUUGAAAAUUGUAAUAAUAACUAAAAGUUCUCAAAAUAGCAAUGUAUUACACAUUCCAAUACAACGGUAAUGUAAAUGUAAAAAGAUUCGACAGUAUUUAUAUUUAUACGUUGAUAACAUGAAGUAAUUAACACAUUACACUUUACGGUCUGCAAUGACCUCGUGCUAAAAUUGAUUGACUUACACGUCAUAGAAAUUAAUUGUAGUUUUCCAAAGAGAUUUUAAUCUGCAUACUCUCCAAUAAUUAAUUUUAUUAAGCAAGAAUAGCUUAACACGUGUAUACAUACAUGCUGAAUAAAGCAUGGCUUAGAAAUAAUGUAAUAUAUAUGUACAAAUAUUAUUAUCUAUCUCAAAAUAUUCACGGGAAAUCAGUCUUAUAUUUAUAGUUAUAUGCAUUCAUUCUGUAUUAGCAUAUAUUUAAAUGGUAAAUGGAAUAUAUAUACACAUUUUUUUGCAAUAAAAUAACAAAACGUGAAGUGGCUUUAAUUUACAUAGACAAAUAUCAUUCCUAUUUAUAAAGAUUUUAAUUAACAGCUUAUCAAAUUUUUGAAAAAUAUAAAAAAGAUGAGAAGAUUAUACAAAUUCAAACGUCGUACUUAAUAGUGUAACAAUGUUUGAUUCUAGUAGCGGAAUUAAUUAUAUUAUGAACAAAAGAAAUAUAAACCAAUAAAAUCUUUAUAAAAAA